AUGCGCCGAGCCGACCGCCUUUUUCGAAUCGUCGAGUAUCUCAAGGCGCGCCGCGAGGCAGUCACCGGAGAGGAGCUUGCCUCGGAGAUGGAAAUCGGCGUUCGCACGAUCUACCGCGACGUUGCGGACUUGCGAUCUUCCGGUGUUCCAAUCGUUGGUGAGGCUGGCGUCGGCUAUCUGCUAAGUCGCGACUACCUCGUUAAGCCGCUCAUGUUCGAUGUCGAGGAGCUGGACGCUUUGUCUCUCGGAGCCCAAAUGGUCGAGAGCUGGGGAGACGCUGCUCUUGCCCGUUCGGCCCGUCGGGCCAUCGACAAGAUCGCGGCCGUCUUGCCGGAAGCGCUGGCCCAAGACGCAACGCAAUCGGCAGCCUACGCCUGCUCAAGCCGCAGCAAACUGCCGAUCGCGAUUGAUCUCACGUCUUUGCGUCGUGCGGUCCGCAGCAAGCAUGUGAUUGAAAUCCACUACACCGAUGAAUCUGGAAGAAAGUCCCAACGUCGGAUUCGCCCCUUGUGCCUCGUCUUCAUCGCACCGGUUUGGCUUCUUGCCGCGUGGUGCGAAGCCCGUCAUGAUUUUCGUGAAUUCCGUGUGGAUCGCGUCACAAGGAUGAAAAUCACCGACGAACGCUUUCGCGACGAGAAAGGGAAGACCAUCAAGGAUCUACAGCAACGAAAUCGGAAGCGUAACAGCUCUCGCUAA